AUGCCAGACUAAUAAAAUGAGUAGUUACAGACUUAAGACUAAGAUGAUUCAUCUGAUUUAAGUCUUAACUAUAUUAAUACUAAGUAAAGGGAACAAGUUUAGACCGCUGACUAUUCUCAGCUGUAGGUGCAAAGUCAGACAGCCAAUAAUGAGAGCACCAUUCAAUCAGAAAUCAAUAACUAUAAAGAUACCUCAAAUCUAAAGUAUGCGAGUUCACUUAAGUAUCUGAAUAAGAAAAUGUACAAGAACAAUAUGAAUCACAACCAUGUAUCUUAUAUAACGAAAACCAGGUCAUAAUAGUUUGGAUUAGUAGACAAGAAAAGUAGCCCCGCAGGCUAGACGUUAAUCCUUGAUAACACUAUAGAAAACGGAUUACUAGAGCCAUAGAAUACGAGCAAGGUCAGUUAACUACCUGAGUUCCCAGUUAGAUUUUCUCAUAAUCCUUUUAUGAAGUAUGGGAAAAUACUUGAAAAAGCACAUGAUAUGAUGUCGUAAAGAAAAUCUAUAGAUUAAAGCAUAUCUAGGGUAUCCAUCAAUCAGAGCAGACUUAAUGAGAAUUCACCAGAUAGAAAUACUUAAUUAAUUGAUAACUCAGUUGAUGAAUCAAAAUUUAUUCUACCUAAAAUCAAUGAUGGGUUUAUACCAAAGACUCAUGCAAGUAUUGCUUUCAGACGAACAAUGCCAUCCUUCAAAAGAAAUUCCAGUCUUAGUUCGAACUAUAUGCUGAAUAUAUAAACCAAACCUUCUAUUCUUAAUCAAGUUGAAAUUUACAAAAACAAUAUAAAGAAACCAGAUUAAACUGUAGGAGGAGCUGCUUAGAUGUAUAAACCACCAAGAGAAAAAAGUCUAGACGCAAGCUUACAUUAAGGAGGAGAUUAGAGUCCUUAAUACUUGAGUAUUGAGGCAUUGAAUCAAUUUAAGCAUAAACUUCCGAUUGAAUAAAACAAAGUUAGCUAUGAUAAACUCUUCAAAAAUAGGAUGGCUCUAAAGCCCUCUCAGAGUCUUGACAACUUGCAGAAAUACACCACUAUUAUAGACUACAAGAACAGUGAUCGCUAUGGAGUAGACACAUCUCUGAAUAACACUCACCUAGAUGCUAAUCAUGGUAUUACAAGUUAGAAAAAUGAAAUUGUUAUUUAGCAGAAUACAACUAAGAUGAAGAAGGAUCUGCUCAACACGAUAAGAUAAUUCGAUGAUCGAACAAUCUCAUUCAAGAAAGCAUAGUAAAACCUUAAUAAAAUAACUAAUGAGUAUCUCAGCAAGCAUUACGUAGUUCUAGAAAACUCAAGAGCAAAACUGCAGCCUACAUGGGACAAAAGAGGCUAAGUUGCAAACAAAAAGGACUUGCUGGAUAUAUCUUUCAAUUCUGUAUUCUCUAAGUAGUUUGCUUAUUGA